AUGACCAACUUCAAGGACUUCCAAACCUACGAGCACCACGGCGUGCUGCUGCCGAUGCUUCCAAACAGUAGUGGCGGGGGCGGGGUGCCCGGCGUGGAGUCUGGCGCCACGCCGCUGUUGUCUGCCGCGCUCGCCGACUGCUACGCAAAAGAAUCACGCCUCGCCGAGUACAAACCAGACACCUAUAACUGGCUGAGGACGCGCGUCGGCUCUGUCGAGUUCUGCGACCCAGCAGACGCGGACUACACUCCAAGCAAAGAUGUUGCCUGUUUGGCGUACCUUCGAAACCCUGCCAACUGGCUGGCCCUGAAGCCCCUCUCGAGUUUGCUCGCCUCAGGGCGCACCAUCAAGUUUCUGCUCUCCUUUCGUCACGGCAACGUCACGGCGGUGGUGAAGCUUCCCCAGAAGAAGUUUGAACUGGAGCCUGCGAGCGAGACAGUGGCGUUUCACAUGGAUCGCGUUCUCGGCUUUCGGCGCGUCCCGCCAACGGCGUGGGUGCAGAUCCCUGUCGAUUACAUCAAGGCCGCCGCCGCCUCACUUGGCCUGUUCUACGCGCACUGGGUGGAGUCCGCGGUGUUCACGUUGAAGCGGGCGAAGGCGGUCACCUCGCGGUGCGAAGACGCACGCCUCAGGAACGUGCUUGGUGGGCCAGGCCCAAAGUGCAUUCUGGCCUCUGUGCAGCUUUGGAUGUGGGACGUGCAUCUGGUGGAGCAAACCUCCUUUGCGCGUCACAUGCCGCGUUUACCUGCGAAACGCAGGGGGCCUGGCGGCAGAAAGUCGGGCCUCAAAUUCGCUCCCGAUGCUGCGGAGGAUGACUGGAUGGAGAAGAUUCUUGGCAGUGCCCAGACCCGCGCUGGCGGAGGCGGGACGCCGCCGUCGCCGGAUCUGCUGGCGCGGGAGCGUUGGGACCAAAUGGCCUUCGACGCCAUUAUUGCCAACUACGAUCGUUGGCAGGGGCACAACAGCUACGUGCUCGCUGCCUGCAACCCCACGCUGCCGUGCCACGCCGCACAGGCCAGGCGCCUGUACGAGCGGCCCUCCAGGAGCACUCCGCGGUUUAUCUACGUGGAUCAGGGCAGCAGCUUUUAUCGCGAGGGGGUUCGAAGCUCGAGCGUCUUUGCUCCAUCCCACCAGCCACGGUUUUGCCACGUUAACCGAGCCACGGUUGAGCGCCUUGAGCAGAUUGCUCUUUUUGCUAUGCGCUUGAGCUAUGGGGGCGUCCCCGCCAGUGGCGGGGUGCCCCGCAUCGCGUCCGUGGUGAAUGGCACAGUCGCCAAGGAGGAGGCGAAACGGGCGGGGGAGGCCAUCUGCGUGCGCCUGCUGCUGCCGCGGCUGCCGCCGAAGAUUGGGGUGGUGCUGCCCCAUUCUCUCAUCCACGCGGCGUGCCGGCGCGUGUGGUCCAUCCUCGCCCACCGCACUCGGUGCCUGGAGGCAAACGAGAGCACAGGGCUCUACUUCUGA